AUGAGUACCUUCGACGAGCAGACACAGGGGAUGGACGUGACGAAGACGUUCCCAGACCGGGUGAAGAGGAAAACAUUUCUAAUAUCCGGCCUCAAACGAGGCGACCUCGCCGCAACAACCGCAGAUGCCCUCGCCCACGGGGGUGCAGGAACUAUAAUAUGCACAGGUCGCUCGCAGCCCGAACUCCAGCCUGUGCUUGACCACAUCAAGCGGAAAUACAAUGCGGUCAAAAUGAUCUUUGUGACGGCCGACCCCGGCAUGCUGGCUUCAUUUCAGGAGGCAGCGCAAACUAUCAUGAAAUUAGGCGUGACCAUCGAUGGCUUCGUUGGGUUUCCGGAGGUCAUGGCUGUACCGUGGGAGCUCACGGUGGACGGACUCGAGUCCCAUUUCCAGAGGAAUUACCUGUGUUAUUUCCUGAUGCUGAAUCUGCUUUGUCCAAUUAUGAAACCUGGUUCGAGGGUUGUUCUGGUUACGUCUAGUCUGCGGAACGAGGCGCCUGCACCUUCGUGGGAAGAUUUAUUGUUUCAGAAUGGAGAGAAUUACCAUUGUCUCGAUGGAUAUUCACAAUCCAUGCUCGCCAUCGUUUUGUUUAUCAAGUCUUUUGCGAAGAAGAAAUCUAUCGUUGCCUUUUCUGCAAAUCCAGGAAAUACCAAAACCAACAUCCAGACAUAUGUUGCAAUGGAGGAUAUCAAAUCCUGGCUCCAGCGGAAGAAAGAAGCGGGUGAAGAUAUCCCGGUCCUGUUACAGCAAGCGCCGAAAUCUCUCGGUCAAGGUAGUGCCACAGUGUUGCGUGGAUUGCUCGAUCCGGAACUUGAAGGUAGAGAUAACCAUGUGACAUAUAUGUCCUCCAUACUGAUUGGUGAAUACGAGAUUUUAGCCCAAUCUGGAGCGUUUCUCGACCAUUGCCAGACACCCAAGUUACCGCAUCUCGACUUUCCAGCGGGUGAAGAAAGUGCAGAGGCGUUAUGGCGGCGAAGCCAAGAAUUAGUUGAGUCGUUUAUUUCCUGA